UCCUUGCUGGUUACACGUGUUUCCUGUGAGCCCCAGCUACCAUGGCGGCUCAGAUGAUAGAACAUGUGCUGGCCCAGGCAGAGAAGGACGAGGCGGAGAAGCUGAAGCUCAUCACUGUGCACAAAGAGCUAGAGCUGCAGUUUGAUUUGGGAAACCUGCUGGCGACAGACCCCAAUCCCGCGGACGUCAAGGCCUUCAGGCAGCAGAACCGGGGGGAAUUCCUGUGCUCCCUGGCCCGGGACAACACGCAGCUGCUCAUCAACCAGCUCUGGACUCUGCCGACACAGCGGGUGGAGGAGGCGGUGGUGGCCACGCUUCCAGAACCGAGCACUCGCCUGCCCCGGGAGAAGCCUAUUCCUAAGCCCCGGGCGCCUACCCGCUGGGAGGAGUUCGCCAAGUUAAAAGGCAUCCAGAAGAAGAAAAAGACCAAUCUGGUGUGGGACGAAGUGCACAAGGAAUGGCGGCGGCGCUGGGGCUAUAAACGUGCCAAUGAUAACACCAAGGAUUGGCUUGCCGAGGUCCCGGUCACUGCUGACCCCAACGAGGAUCAAUUCGCCAAGAGGCUGAAAGCCAAGAAGGAGCGCGUGGCCAAGAACGAGCUCAACCGACUGAGGAACCUCGCCAGAGCUGACAAGGGGAAAGUCCCGGGAGUGGGGCUCACCCCUACCGGACAGCCCAGCAAGGAUGAGCUGGGCAAAGCGAUGCAUGUGGCCAAGCGAUCGACAGCCUCCAUGGGCAGAUUCCAGGACAAACUACCCAAGGAGAAAGAGCCCAAGAGCAUGGGCAAGAAGAGAAAGUUCCAGCCCUUGAUGGGUGACUUCAGAGCAGAGAAGAACAAGCAGCUGGAGAUCCUGAAGGUCUUGGACAGUAAGAAACCUGCACUAGAUGUCACCAAGGCAGUCAACAGGCAGAUGAGAGAGGAGGAUGCAGAGGAAUCUGCCAAGAAGAGGAAAUUCUCCAAAAAGGGGGGAGGAGGAGGGGGCAAAAAGGGCAAGGGGAAAGGACCAGCCAGAGGAGGGAAAGGACCGGCCAGAGGAGGAAAAGGCCCAGCCAGAGCAGGGAAGGGCCAAGGUGGGAAAGGGUUUGGUGGUAAAGGAUUUGGUGGCAAAAAAAGAAAAUAA